AUGCAGAGCGCUAAAGAACUGUCUCUAGUUAACUCCUCUCCCAGUUUUGCCCCCUCUUCCUCCUCUGUAACUCAGACUCCCCAUAGAGUCCCGUUCCAUCUGAAAUAUGGGGAGAUCGACCAUGCGGAUUUUGAAGCGAACGCUACCCAACAGCCCACCGAAGGGAAUAAGCACGCAAUUUGCGAGCGUGACGAUGCCAUUGCACGACGCUUUCAUCGGGAGCGUAGAUAUUUGUUCCGUCGUCCCCGACCCCUUCAAUACUUUCGAGGCAAGACUCUCAUAAGGGAUCACGAAGAGCGCUCCACUGGUCGAUUAGAGCUCUUCUUCGAUCUUGUUUUUGUUGGCCUCAUCUCCGUGCUCUCAGAGGAGUACGUCCGGAACCCUGAUGGCGACCAUCUUGCUAAAUACCUCCUGACGUACGGUGCCGCAUGGAAUAUUUGGGGAUAUGUUCGCGAGCUAUUUAACUCCUUCUGGAACGAUGACUUGCAACAGAAGGGUCUCGUCGUCUAUGUAAUGUUUAUGCUGAUCAUAUACGGGAACAAUGCCGUCAACGUAGAGGAAACUCGACAUCAGAGCGGUGCGCGCAGCACGACGAUAGGAUCUUACCUCCUGGCCUCUGCAGCCAUCUAUGGCACUCUAUUGUUCUAUAGUUUCUUCGUGAAGGCUUGGAGAACUCAGGUUCGAGUGCACGCUUUUUCAUGGUUAUUAUGCGCUGUCGCCCUAGUACUGGAAUACUCAACGUGGUGUUUCGUCUACUCCCCUACCUUCAAGCGCCUCAUGAAGUUGCACUACUCUAGCGCGGUUGCGAUUGACCACGAAAUAGGUCGUUUCAGUGACUUCUUCACCCUUGUGAUGGGCGAAUUCAUACUUCCCCUCAUUUUUGGCCGGCCCGCUGGCGUUCCGGGAGUGCAUGGCUCCGCUGGGAGGAUUUUCUUUGCUUUAAUAGUAGCAUUCUGUUUUCAAAUGUUUCACGUUGGCGGGGGUGGAAGCAAAAGAACCACACAUCCCCUCCGUAGAAGUGGCCCAUUCGCUUUUAUUUGGCUCACGCUCCAUAUUCCUAUUGUUUGUGCCUUGACCAUAUGCGGGAUUCUGCUGCCGAGAGGUUACUCCGUUGGCAUGCUCGGCCUAGCCGCUCUCGCCGUGUUGCCAAAGGAGAUGGAUGUACCCGAUGAGCUAUGGCUUCCUAGGAUCCUUCGUCUUGCGCCACGCGUAUUUUCCGGUAUCACUGUCGCUUUCUUGCCAAUAGCUCCGUUGAAGACCCUUGACAACACUGGCUUGCUUGGAAUAGCGGCCGCUCUGUCCUUAGGGUCACUUCUUUGGGAGAACAUCGCGUCCUUGGAUGGGCCUGCAUCUGCGACAUAUCAGCGAGAACCUUCGGUGGGACCUCAGCUCCAGCGACAACGGUCAUCUGCGGCAGGAAGCAUCGAAGAGAAGCCCGUUGGCACAUGGGAGGUACCUUGGGAAUGGCGGGGUCGACCAUGCCUGGCCGAGCCGGACUUUACGUCAGAGAUUGCCUCUCUCAGCGGGCACAGACGGAAGAAGCAAAGAGCAUAGCUGUAUGAUCAGGACUUUACCCUCUUCAAUUCAAACUCAUUCCGGGAUUUUAAACUUAACCUGGGGUUCCAGAAAUAUUACAUAAUAUGCAGAAAGGCACGUUACAAUUCAGUAUUGUUUCGGGCACACCGCCCCGCUUUUGCAGAUGGCCUCUGCACAUGUGUUGCUGCAUGCAGGUGCUCCCGCGGGGCCCAAGUGCUCUUUCCAGAGCAUCAGGAUCACCUCGGCCAUUAUCUACAGUACAAUGCAAUUGAUUUAUGUAUUGCCAAAAAAACCCAUACUUAAAAUAUUCUCUUUGUG